AUGGCCACUUUUGGCAAACGUCAAUGCAAAUUUCAAAUACCCAGCUGGUUUUUAAAGAACGACUCAAUGACUGCAUGUGCGACUUGGCAUCGUGAAGCAUCAGAAAUCACUCGUCAUGAUGCUUUAACUACACUUUAUGGUUGUCAACUGCGAACACAAUGGGAUAAACUUAGAAGUGAAACGGCACUCUCCGAGAGGUUGGAUUCAUUAAAUACAGCUUUACGCCUUCUUGAACGUGGUGAAGCUGUACUAGAAAGAGGCAUUUUCAACCUAAACGAUGCCAAGGAUUCAAUGGAGAAGCAGCUUAAAGAGAUGCAGAUUCAAGAAGAUUGCAACAUUGAGUGUUUAGUAUUAAGAGAUAGACGUCGCGAAGUAGAUUUUGUGGAAGAUAAAGUUGAUAUUGAAUUGAGGAAAGAGCAGCAGCUUUUACUCAAGAACAGUAAACGUCUGCAGGAAAAAAUUGACGAAGCUCUGAAUAAACUUCUACUUAUGCAUGACGCUCAUGCUAGGAUAAGUGGGGAUCUUAAAGAUAAAAGGAAAACUAUUGAAAUUGACGUAAGGCAAACUAAAUUGAAGUUGUCUGAUGCGUCACUUAAAGUCGAUCCAACACGAAUACCCCCCAACUCAAGGUCUUUAAGAGAAUGGGAAGAUUUUUCAAAAGAGAAUUAUGACAGAUCGCUGAAGGAGACUGGUGAUAGUACCACUCAGCGGUACCAAAUCUUCCGCUUAAUUGAGGAGAUUGCCAACAAAUCGACUGCUCAGGCCGAAGCUGUGGACUCAGCUCUUCGUGAGCGAGUGCAUGAAAUGCAGCAGGCUCUAACCGAACUCAAGUGGCAAAAGAAAAACGUUGAAGAAGAGAUCGGAGAGCUUUUGAAGCAGCUAGCCCAGCUGGAGCAGGAAUUGGACUCGGAAAUGCAGACAGCAAAGAUUGCUCACACCCGCCUCGAGAAUCGUACCUAUCGUCCAGGAAUGGAUUUGUGCCUUGAUAUACCACAAUGCGUCCUAACCAAUGAAGUCAGACAGCUUGCAACCUCUCGUGAAACCUUGUUACUCAAGCAACGUCAGUGUAGGCACCGCCUUGACGGGUUACAACGCCAACGUCAACGGUUGGUAGAGCAAAUUUCACUGAAGGAGAAUUCUCUAAAUCUCGACAGGGAGUGUCUGGAACUGCGGCAAAGGCGGCUUAACGGAAGCGGGCAGUUAAAUGACUCUGGUGCCUCAAAGGCUGAAAUGUUGGCAUCAAACGAUACAGACUAUUCAAAAACUUGUAGCCCGGACAAAGUAGAGCACCUGGGCAUCGUAUGUCCUGAACGCCCUUCCUGUAACAAAACCUCUGUCUUAUAG